GAUGGCAUCACGAAUCACCGCCAUCCUGCUGUGCGCCACCGUAAUGCUGUCUCCGCCGACAUCUGCUCAAGAUAUCCAGCCCGGGCAGGCCAGGGCCAACAACGCUUUGGGCGUUGCCCUCUUCAAGGAGCUCUGUUCGAAUGCGGCUGACCGAAACGUCUUCUUUUCGCCAGCAAGCCUCAGCGUCGCCUUGGGAAUGCUUUACGCUGGUGCUGGCGGCAAGACCCUGCAGGAACUGUCUACCGUUCUGGGACUCGCGGACGCCGGACUCGUGGACAGGGAUGCCGUGCUUUCGGCCUACAAGUCGCUCCUCGAGACCAAGUCCGCGAACGCGACGCUGGACAUCGCCAACACGGUGCUCAUCCAGAAGGACUUCGAGGUUCUCGAACAGUACAAGAAAGACGUCGUCGAGUACUUCCAGGCGGAAGCGCGCUCGGUGGACUUCGUUCGCGACGCCCACAAAGUGGUGGCCGAAAUCAACGACUGGGUCAACAAGAAGACCAGAGACAAAAUUUCCAAGCUGCUCGACGAUGCCCCACCGAUGAACACCGUGGCGUUUCUCAUCAACGCCAUUUACUUCAAAGGCACGUGGGUGACCAAGUUCAAGGCACGCAGAACUAAGCCGCUCCCCUUCUACAACCACGGCCGACGCGAGGCGAAGGUAGCCACAAUGUCGGUACGUCAUCGGUUUGGUUAUGCCUCGGUGGACGAACUGGAUGCGAGGGCUUUGGAAGUGCCAUACGCGGGAGACCGGUUCAGCAUGGUCGUCGUGCUUCCCCGGAGCAGGACCGGGCUGUCGACGGUCGAGACCCGUCUCACGACGGACCUCGUGGAGAAGAUCACCAACAGUCUGACGGACACAGACGUCCAACUGUGGCUGCCCAAGUUCAAGUUGCAGACCGACUACGACCUAGUGACGCCGCUCCGCAAGCUGGGACUCGAAAGUGCCUUCGGAAAGGGCGCGGACCUUUCUGGUAUCAGUGCCAGAAACAAUUUGGAGGUGUCCGACGUUAAGCACAAGGCCUUGAUCGAAGUUAGCGAGCAAGGCACUGUGGCGGCUGCCGUCACGGCGAUUCGCGUCUCCGUGAAGAGCGGGAAGAGUGCAGGACCGCUGCCUCCAAUGUCUUUCCGCGUCGAACACCCAUUCGCGUUCUUCAUCUGGGACAAAGUUAGCAAGCAAGCGCUUUUCGUGGGAGCUAUUAGGAGUCUCGCGUGAUCUUUGCUGCAUUGUAAUUAUAUGUGCUAAAGCUGACAGUUCUUGUAUGGUGAUAACUGAUAUGUAUUGUAUUUCCGACAGUAUAAAAUUUACGACAAAACGGUGGCGCACACCGGGUUAAAAAUGAAAAUACGAAACACGAAAGAAAUGACAUAAGCGCUGAACUUCAUCUGAUCCUUAUUGACGACCACAUUUGUGCGCUGCCGCUUGCGGCGCAGAGACGGCUUG